AUGUAUCAGCCGCUUGAGCAGCACACAGUCCCAGUGGCCGACGACUGUUAUCCCGACGACUCAUCCGCCGGCAAGGCCGAGAAGGACGCCGACUCCCCGGCUCUGCGACCGCCCAUGUAUAAACGACUAGCGUCAACUCGCAAUGCUCUUUUUACUAUGCUCGCGGCAGCUGGGAUCGCCAUGGUAGUGCUGUUUGCCAUCUCGACAGCUCCAAGACACUCGAGGCAAGCCUGCACAUGUCCAAGCCUCAGGCGAGAAUGGCGGCAGCUCAACAGCACGGAAAAGACGACCUACAUUGACGCCGUCAAGUGCCUGCAGGCAUUUCCAUCAGAUCUCACCGGCAUCGGAAGACGCUCUGAUGAUUUCCCCUGGGUACAUCGCCAUGUGGCAACGAGCAUCCAUAAUACUGCUCUGUUUCUCCCGUACCAUCGAUAUCUUAUACAUCUAUACGAAAAGUCCCUUCGAGAGCUCUGCAACUAUUCCGGUGCAUUGGUAUACUGGAAUUGGGAGCUCGACUGGCAUGACCCAGCCCGGUCACCCAUCUGGGAUCCCGACACGGGGUUCGGGGGCAGCGGCGACAUCGCGGCCGAGCUGACGGUGGGAUGGGGAUCCUGCGUCCCCGACGGGCCAUUCCGCAACUACAAGGUGCUCUUCUACGACUUUGUGCUCAAGCUGCACUGCCUGUCGCGCGGCUUCGGUCGGUGCUUUGGCCGCAACGGGACCUGGAGCGGCGAUCCAUUCAAGCCCUCAGCCAUUCGGCAGGUCAUGGAGCAAGAGACAUUUGCCAGCUUUUCGGCGUCGCUCGAGGCGGGCCCGCAUGACGCCGUUCCGAAUAACAUCUGCGGUGAUUUUUACUAUCUAGAGUCUCCAAACGAUCCCGUCUUCUUCCUCCACCACACAAAUCUUGACCGGCUUUGGGCGAAAUGGCAGGCGGAGAAGCCGUCGAGGAGGUUGGAAUAUAAUGGCCGGGCGAGUAAGGAUGACACAAAGGCAGCGGCGAGCGCCGACGACAUCUUGGGCAUGAUGGGAUUGGGGCCAGACCUCACAGUCAGGGAGGUCAUGGAUACCCAGUCGGGCAUACUCUGUUAUCGCUAUUAA